GGAAAGAAGUGGAAAAAAACAAAUAAUAAAAAACCUAGCCACAGUCUAAUCUGCCUCUUGUAAAGUAAACUCAUUCACUCCCAAAGCUCUCUCCGGCCCGACUCGCCCGACCUCUCUCCUCCGCCUCUUCGGCCGCCGUUCAUUCUCUCAUUGAAAACCGUACAACCAAUACUCAAUGUCUUUUAUUGUGAAAGUUCCAACAAGCACAGUUGGAAUAUCUUGUGAAACCACCCGAUGGAUGAAAAUGCGGAAUCAUAGUCGAACUUCCUCAUCAGCUAUGAUCCCUCGUGCUUCAAUGGCGACACCAAAAAUUCAGCCACUGAAUAACUCUGUCUCUAACAUCCAAAUCAUGGUAAAUGGUUGUACUGGAAAAAUGGGGCAGGCUGUUAUUAAUGCAGCGAGUUCUGCUGGUCUUAACAUUGUCCCUGUAUCAUUUGGCUCGGAAGAAGAGUCUGGGACGAUUGUGCAAGUUUGUGGGAAGGAUAUCACAGUGCAAGGCCCUUCUAAAAGAGAAAAGACCCUUGCCUCACUUUUUGAUGAAUAUCCAAAUUUGAUUGUGGUUGAUUACACUGUGCCUGCAGCAGUCAAUGAUAAUGCAGAGCUAUAUUCCAGUGUUGGGGUGCCAUUUGUGAUGGGAACCACUGGUGGAGACAGGGAUCGUUUGUAUAGGACUGUUGAGGAGUCCAAAAUCUAUGCAGUUAUAUCUCCACAAAUGGGAAAACAGGUUGUUGCAUUUCUCGCAGCCAUGGAAAUUAUGGCUGAGCAAUUUCCUGGUGCUUUCUCUGGUUAUUCUCUACAGGUGAUGGAAUCCCAUCAAUCCAGCAAAGUAGACACUUCAGGAACUGCCAAAGCUGUCAUUUCUUGCUUCCAAAAAUUGGGGGUUUCUUUUGACAUGGAUCAGGUACAACUGAUUAGGGAUCCAAAGCUACAAAGAGAGAUGGUUGGAGUCCCGGAGGAGCAUUUAUCUGGCCAUGCAUUUCAUAUGUACCAUCUCACUUCACCUGAUGAAACAGUUUCUUUCGAGUUUCAGCACAACGUUUGUGGAAGAUCAAUAUAUGCUGAGGGAACCGUUGAUGCUGUGAUCUUUCUCGCCAAGAAGAUUCAGUCGAAGGCAGAGAAGCGGAUUUACGACAUGAUUGAUGUCUUGCGAGAGGGCAACAUGCGCUAGUAUUCGUAUCUCGGCCAGUGAGGAGAUGUGGGCGGAGCUCGGGUUGGUAGUAAUAAUGAUUUGCAAAUUUUGUUCCUUCUCCAGUUUCUGUUAAUAUUAUUAUCUCUUUCUUUUGGCUGUGCUCAUUAUGGUAAGAGAAUUUCUGAUUUAGUUCAUGGUUAAAGAGGAUGUUAACUUGGCUAUGAGAAGAAAUGAAGAGGAGGAAUAACCUUACAACCUCCUCAACCAUGGAAUGGCCCUGAAGCUGGGCACAGUUGAGACUUUAAGUUAGACCUUAAACAUUUUUGUCCUAUGUUUUUAUAUAUAUAUGGGUGCACUCUUAACGGUUA